AUGUCAUUGGCAUAUGCUGCUAAGAGAACUUCUUACAAGUAUGAUUGUAAUUAGUUGAUAAUUUACUUAUAUUGCACAAGUCAUGGAUAGACUUAAUUUCUUAGGCCCAAAUGUAUUUUUAUUAUAUAAUAAUAAUAAUUGUAAGUUCACAAGCAAAGUACUACUGCAACUGUUGAAUCCAGGAGGGGAUCACAUGUGAUAGAACUGUAUGUAUGGGGGGAGGGUGAAAAAGGAAGUGUUUCAAGAAGACAGUUUCAGUUGUUAUGCCCCGUCUUUGUCAAGGGUCUCUAAAAUUCCAAGGUGGGCAUCAUUAGUGACAUAAUUGCUGCAUAAUUUGGAGUGGUGGGUGUGGGGAAGUUGAUUUAUAGAUGUAUGUCAAAGAAACACCAGCUUUAUUUAUUGGGCAAGCAAACGCGUAAAUUUUGCUUCUUCUGCAAAUGUGCUCCAUACAAUUUUUCAUUGAGAACAUGCCCACUUGGAGAUUCUAAAUUUCUUUUGUCAAGUUGAAAAAUAGUUGACGUUUUCAAGAGAAAAAUCAUAUCUCUGUGUCACCAUGUAACAUCCUGUUCUAUCUCUGUAACAGGUACAAGUUUUACAAGGCAAGAAAGCAGCUAGCAGCAAUCGAUUGGAAUUAUCAUCUUGACAGAAAAGUUGCUGUGGGAUCAAAAGGGGGGGAAGCAAGAUAUAGCAGGAAAUACAAUCAACCCACAAAAGAGUGGAACACACGGAUCAUAAAAGUAGACAAGGAUUAUGAUUACGUUCCCGUAAUAAUGGCCAAAGUUUUUCGCCGACGCAUGGAAGAUGUCUUUCAUAUAGACAGACACGUGUCCCUAUCAGAAAAUGAUCCCGAGAGAAUAGCGUCAACCAUUGCCCACACGGCUCCCGUAUCUUCUAAGGAAUUGUUUCAAAGACAUCAGACAAGGUUUCAAACUAAGAAAUAA